CACUCAGUAUGUGCUUGUACAUGAGCGUGCCGCGUUGGAUUAGCCUGGAACGUUUCGCCGGUGCGGUCUAUGACAGUGCCUCGCAUCUCAUUGAAGUGUCGGUGGUGUUAUUUCUACUCAGCUGUCAUAGCGAUAAGUCAGCCCCGGCAACACGUGGCAAGAGUGUUGAUGCACUGACAGCAACCGCCACUGCCAGCGCCACUCGUGCUGUUACUAGUGCCUCCGCUGAAGCUGCCAUCGUUGGCGGCGAUUCGACGUCGUCGGUUGUGCUCUGCGCGGGUGAAAUUGCCGACAAGUUGACGGCAACAAAAGUGUCAGCACCCACAAUUAGCCACACAGUUGUGCUAGAGCAACCGCGAGUGUAGUGUUGGAGCAGCUCUGGGUGGUGUCUGUUCAAGUCUCGUGGAUAUGUUCGUGAACACUUAAUGUGAAGUUAAACGGAAUGGCAAAAUAAAGAAAAAAAAUAAGUUGUGUGUCGAGAAUUUAGAAGCUCUUAGGCAAGGAAUAUAGUGUGAAAGUGGUAAAUAACGAAUAUUGCUCGAGCGCAGUGAAUUUUGAAUAUCAGAAAUAUUUGCAAAAUAUUUAUUAAAUACUAAAAAUGCAACUAAUGUGAAAAUAUAAAAAAUAUUUAAUAAAACCAAAAUUAAUAAUUAAGAAAGAGGAAGUGUGAGUGAGUAAUAGUGAUAAAUAGUAGUGUAGUAUAUUUUUUAUAAAGCCAGCAAACAAAAAAAAAUAAUAAUAAAAUAAAUUAAAUAAUAAGUGUAACCUGUGUGAUAAAAUUUUCUAAGCUGUUUAUAGGAUUAAUUGACAGCUGUGAGUUUAUUUACCGUUGCAAAACUUCUUUCACCGAUCGCUUCACAAAAGCAAAUCAAAACGAGACUGAAAAAGUGCCACAAAGUUAAACUGCGGCAACAAUACACCUUCUAAAGCCAAGCCAAGCCAUAAAACAACAACAUAAACAUUACAAUAAAAAUUGAACGAAUUGUAUCGAAACUGGAAAAGGAAUUUAGUUCGCGAAAAUGUUUCUGGCAAUAAAUCAAAUGAAUGGGCAGGCGUCCAAAAGGCGCAAAAAGGAGAACAAAAAGCGCGCGGCGGCAGCUGUUGUUACCAAAGUUGCUGACGACGGGGCAGAUACUAUACACGGUGGCGGUCUAACAAUGCCGGAAGGUGGAACACAGGCGGAGGCAGAGAUGAAAGCAGAGACGACAAUACCCACAACACAACCGUCAGUUGAUGCAACAGCAUCGGCGGCUAGCUCGACGUCCAGUUCGACGGCCAAUCUCAUUGAUGAUAUGUUGCUCGAUUUUGUAGUCGACAGCACGACCAUAACAGCCGCUGCGAAAACCAAAAUUGCAACAAAGUCAGUGGCAGAGGAAUCGCAAUCGACGGCGAAAUGUAAAAAAUGCCAACACGCGCUUUCAAAUGGUGAAUGCCGUCAGAAACAUUCGAAGGCCUCUGCGUUUUCAACGUCCCACUAUGGCUGUCGCUGUGAAUGCGAUUCUGCGAAUAAAAGUUUAUGGAGCUCUGCAUCGACGGCCGCGUCUACGUUCACACCCAAGUUUAACCCGCCCACGCCUUCAAUGCCAAAUGCGACGUCACCUACGUCAUUGUAUGCGGUGUAUAUGUGCCUAGGUACCCUCGCUCUGGCCGUGGCCACUCUGUCAGUACUCUUCUACUCGCAUGUGCACUCCGUCGCCAGCAACAAAAGCGCGAGAAUCAAUAGCAAAAUGCCGAUGGCGAUGACGCCGACAGAUGCGCAUUUAAAUUUGGCUGUAUUCCGGGAGCAAUUUCAACGAGAAUUGCUGGCAUCGGAGCAUGUGCUGCGCGGCAUAGUGUCGCAAGUACUGGACCAGCGGGAGAGCAAACGAAAGGAGCAGCCAACAAGCGGCCACAAUGUCGUGUUUGGUUCAGCUGAGCCGAUCCAUAGCUACCAGCAACGCACGAUUCGAGCGACGGCAGAAGAAAAGACAGCAACGAUGCUGGCUGACGAUGGAACGCUGGUGAGAAAUGAGCGCAAAUAUGUUGGACCUGUCAGACACGUUGCAGACACCCCAACAACCGCGAAUGCCGCAGAAACCGCGGCGGUGCAGGGCAGUGCGAGUCGUGUGGCAAGAAGAGCACGUCGUGAUAUUACAUCGUCGCCGGCUGCUAUGCAAUCUGAUCCCUUCAUCGAAUUUUUCAACCCGGAUCACCGCAAAGUGCUGGAAGAGCAGGAUAAGGAAAUACGCAAACGUACAGGACUGAAAGGAGCUGCGCCCGGCGGUGACGAGUGGAUUUACUUAAAUACCUACUGCCGAGUGCCGGAAAAAAUCAUAACUGGUUUCUGCAAGGGCACCCAAGAGUAUUGUCCGCCUGCGCCUCAAGGUCCUCCGGGUCCAGUAGGUCCCAAAGGUACAACAGGACCACCAGGAUUGCCCGGAAUUCCUGGACCGAAGGGCAAUCGCGGUGAUGUUGGUCUACCAGGGCCGAGGGGAGUCGAUGGUGCUAAUGGCCCGAUCGGGCCGCGUGGACCUAAAGGUGAUAUUGGCAUACCCGGUCGUGCUGGUCUCGACGGACGUGAUGGUGUGCCAGGUGAGCCUGGUUUAGAUGGUGUACCUGGACGUGCUGGUGCCGACGGCAUACCUGGCAAAGAUGGCCUACCCGGCUUGGAUGGACGAGAUGGUCUAAAUGGCAAGGACGGCAAAGAUGGUGCACCCGGACCGAAGGGAGCUCAGGGACCACAAGGAGAGAGAGGAUUGAAAGGUAUUGCUGGACCCCGUGGUCGGCCAGGAAAAUCCGGAAAGGAUGGAACGCCAGGAAUACCAGGAAUUAACGCUUGGAAAGUACAGUUAUUAAAUGGCAGUUUCUCCAAUGACUUACUCAUUCCACCAUCAAUUGCGGACUUGAAUACGCCGCACAUAGAACGCUUUGUAAUCGUCGAGGAGGGCAAGACUUUGAAUCUGAGCUGCGCCGCCAGCGGCAAUCCGAUGCCGCAUGUUGAGUGGCGACGCGAUGACGGACGCACAAUUAACAUUAACGGCAUCGAAAUGUCGUCGGUUAGCGGGCCUUACUUGAAAUUCACGAACAUUACUCGACAUCAAAUGGCUGCCUACACGUGCUAUGCAGAUAACGGUCUGGUGCCAGUCGCGAAUGCCACCUUCCUCAUUCAGGUUCACUUUUCGCCAAUGAUUGAAUUUAGUUCGCAAAUGUUUCUGGCAAUAAAUCAAAGGAAUGGUCAGGCGGCCAAAAGGCGCAAACAGGAGAACAAAAGACGCGUGGCGGCAGCAGUUGUUACCAAAAUUGUUGACGACGAGGCAGAGAAUAUACACGGUAGCGUUCUAACAAUGCUAGAAGGUGGAACUCAGGCGGAAGCAGAGAUGAAAACAGAUGCAACAGCAUCGGCGGCCAGCUCGACGUCCAUUUCAACGCCAAAUGCGACGCCACCUACUUCAAUGUAUGCGGUGUAUAUGUGCCUAGGUACCCUCGCUCUGGCCGUGGCCACACUGUCGGUGCUCUUCUACUCGCAUGUGCACUCCGUUGCCAGCAACAAAAGCGCGAGAAUCAAUAGCAAAAUGCGCUUGUUCGCUUCGAAGCACGUGCUGCGUGGUAUAGUGUUGAGAGUACUGGACCAGCGGGAGGGCAAACAAAAAGAGCAGGCAACAAGCGGACACAAUGUCAUGUUUGGUGGAGCUGAGCUGAUCCAUAGCCACCAGCAACGUAAACUGUAUAACUUUGCAUCGCCAAUAAGUCUUCGUGGCAUCGAAAUCAUCCGCUCAGCAAUACUGAGCCCGGCGGUGACGAGUGGACCGAAAGGUAAUUUUGGCAUACCCGGUCGUGCUGGUCUCGACGGACGUGAUGGUGUGGCAGGUGAGCUUUGCGUAGGUGGUGUACCUGGACGUGCUGGUGCCAUCGGCAUACCUGACAAAGAUGGUCUACUCGGCGUGGAUGGGCGAGGUGGUCGAAAUGGCAAGGACGGCAAAGAAGGUGCAUCUGCACCGUAG